GUGUCGCACUUCCGGUUCUGUUUUCACUCUACACCGAUUGGCUAAUCGUCCUGCAUGGAGUUGGCGCCAUUGCAAGCGCUCGUGCUACCUUCAAAGCGCUCUCCCCUAAAAUACGCAUUUUGUACAAGUAUUAGCCGUUAAACAAGGACAUGAUGGCCGACAAAGACGCUGCAUUUGAUGAUGCCGUGGAGGAGAGGGUAAUCAAUGAGGAGUACAAAAUUUGGAAAAAGAACACCCCUUUCCUCUAUGACCUGGUCAUGACUCAUGCCCUGGAGUGGCCCAGUCUCACUGCCCAGUGGCUGCCAGAUGUCACCAGACCCGAGGGAAAGGACUACAGUGUGCACAGGCUGGUUCUAGGGACACACACCUCAGAUGAGCAGAAUCAUCUUGUGAUUGCUAGCGUUCAACUCCCCAAUGAUGAUGCCCAGUUUGAUGCCUCACACUAUGACAGUGAAAAAGGAGAGUUUGGCGGGUUUGGUUCUGUAAGUGGCAAGAUAGAGAUUGAGAUUAAAAUCAAUCACGAAGGUGAAGUCAACAGAGCCCGCUACAUGCCUCAGAACCCUUGCAUCAUUGCCACCAAGACCCCGACCAGCGAUGUGCUGGUCUUUGAUUAUACUAAGCACCCAUCCAAGCCAGACCCCUCUGGAGAGUGCACCCCAGACCUCCGCUUGAGAGGCCACCAGAAAGAGGGUUAUGGCCUCUCCUGGAAUCCAAACCUAAGUGGCUGCCUCCUCAGUGCUUCUGAUGACCAUACUAUCUGCUUGUGGGAUAUCAGCACAGUACCGAAAGAGGGAAAGAUUGUGGAUGCCAAGACCAUCUUCACAGGCCACACUGCUGUUGUGGAGGAUGUCUCCUGGCACUUGCUCCAUGAGUCACUCUUCGGUUCUGUGGCUGAUGACCAGAAACUCAUGAUAUGGGACACACGGUCCAACAACACCUCCAAGCCCAGCCAUGCAGUGGACGCUCACACUGCUGAGGUCAACUGCUUGUCUUUCAAUCCCUACAGCGAGUUUAUCCUGGCCACAGGUUCAGCAGACAAGACCGUGGCUCUGUGGGACCUGAGGAAUCUGAAGCUGAAGCUGCAUUCAUUUGAGUCUCACAAAGAUGAGAUCUUUCAGGUGCAGUGGUCUCCUCAUAACGAAACUAUCCUGGCCUCCAGCGGCACAGACAGGAGGCUAAAUGUGUGGGACUUAAGUAAGAUCGGUGAGGAGCAGUCGCCCGAGGAUGCAGAAGAUGGCCCACCUGAGCUGCUGUUCAUCCAUGGUGGACACACAGCAAAGAUAUCAGACUUUUCUUGGAACCCCAAUGAGCCAUGGGUUAUCUGUUCUGUGUCAGAGGACAACAUCAUGCAAGUGUGGCAAAUGGCUGAAAACAUCUACAAUGACGAGGACCCAGAAGGAGCAGCAGAGUCAGAGGUCCAAGCAUGAAUCCAUUCAACACAUUUUUGACGUGCUUGUUGAAAUAAUCCAAUUCCAUCAUUGUCGGUGCAGAUGAACGUCUUUUUAAUAUUAAUUUUGGACUCGGUGUUUUGGGGGGGAAAUUCAUAAAAUGCUCUUGUGGUGUAUUUAAAAUCUGUCUGGAUUGGUCUGACAUUAGAUCUGUUAGUUUGUCAUAAUCUCAGUUAUUCAACCCUGAUGUGAUGAAACUAUCAAAGAGUUGUCUAUCAUUCCAGUGUUUUUUUGAUGGUUUUAUUCACAUAUUUUCUUGCAUCGGUUAGUUGUGCUCAACACAUUUCUACUGAGAUCCAUUUUUAUAAACAAUGUACAUACGUAGGUUUUCACUUUAUUUGUGCAAAUGAAGUAGUAAGAAUUUCCAGCUUGUGUGUUGCGUUUCGUCCACAUUUGUUCCCUUCUGUGUUUCCUCUGGUUUGUCUGUGCUGCAUCAGAACUCUUGUGUACUUAAGUAUAUUCAUAAUAAAUAUUUGCAGUAAA